UAGCAGAGAUGCGGAUGUUGCGGUGGUUUUGCGGGCACACAAGGAGGGAUAGAGUCCGGAACGAAGUUAUUCGGGAUAGUGUCGGGGUGGCACCAAUUGAGGAGAAACUUACCCAGCAUCGGCUGAGGUGGUUUGGACAUGUCCAACGAAGGCCUCCUGAGGUGCCGGUGCGUAAUGGGGUUCUUGAGCGGGUCGAUAAUGUAAAGAGGGGUAGAGGUAGACCUAAACUGACGUGGGAUGAGUCGGUUAAGAGAGAUCUUAAGGAUUGGAAUAUUUCUAAAGAGACAGCUUUGGAUAGGAGCGCUUGAAGACUAGCUAUCAAUGUGCCUGAACCUUGAACUUAUUUCUUUCGGGUUUCAUCUCUAGCCUACCCCAACUUGCUUGGGAAAAAAAAGCUUGUUGUUGUUGCUGCUGCAUGAAUAUUAAUUGUGAUGCACUAUUAUUGCACCUCAUCAUUAGAUGCUCUGAGCUGAAAUAUUUCACGAGGCAUUGUCCUGUUUAUCUUUCUCAGGUACAAUCAAAUGAUUUUCUUAGUUUUGUUUGAUAUCCUAUAAUGAUCUAAAAGUCAGAUGCCAUUGCAGAAUCUAAUUCACUGGAAAAACUCCAGAGGAUGAGGAAUCAUAUUCCUCUCCUAUCUUGACAAACGAGCGUUUCCUUCCUUUUCUUUUACAGUCUGAAGACUGCACAUGCAGAACAUUCUUCUGUUGUUAUGUCUUCCUGUGGGCAAACCAAUGCUUUAUGUCUGACCAUACCAGUCUCUAAUCGCCUCUUCAUUAUUCUAGCAAUCCAUUUUGAUUGUUCUUGGACAGUACUUCACAACAAAAUCAAUCCAUUGUGCAUGGAUACCUAAUUUUUAAUUGUCCAAUGCAAUUCUUAGUUUCAACAUUUUCCUCUUCUACUUUCAUACAUCUGAACUAAUGUUUCAUCAAUUUUGUUAUUUCAGCCUCUUACGAGGAGCGUAUAGCAAAAGUGAAGACAAAGUUCACUGAUAAUCUUAGCAUAGCAUAUUGAAUAGUAACAUCUAUACUCUGAAGAGAAAGCAUGGAACCAUAGAAAGAUCAGUCCUUAUUAGUGCAGAUUCUGCCAUAACUACAACCUACAGUCUAUUGGAGCCAUUCGACAAUCAGCAGCAAUUGAAAUGUAGAACAUACAGACUGGAGUAGAUCGGCCUCCUACUUCUGGGGACUUGUCAGUGUCGUGUGCUUCAUCAGCUUAUUCUCGCAUGCAGCUGGACCAAGCAUCCACUGCAAAAGGAGGCAGCGAGCCCUGCAUGCCAAGUUUACUUGCACUCGCAUCUAAGCAACAUUCAUUUCUGUAACAACGACAGCGUUUUACUCAAGGCAGAAUCAAUUGGUUUCUCAUGUGCCCAUCCACCAUUGCUUCGAGUGCAUCCCACCCCUUUGUGGUAAUUGUAUCUUGCUACAAUGAAAUAGCAUGAUUUAUUCAGCACUGGUCAGUGUCAUGUGGUAGUUGUAAAUUUCUAAUGCUACUAGCUGUUGCUCUUCUGAGUUUUCUUGUUGCCAACAAACGAAAUGAGAGUACUACCGAGUAACAGCUUUUGUACUCUCUGCAUAGUUGUAAGAAAUCAAAUCUCGAACGCCUUGUGCGAGGCUUGAAUGCCAUGGCAGCGGAGUGGCAGAAAGUACCACCUUGUUAGCCGAUCUGAUGAGUUCGAUUUGUGCUGUCCGUUCGGACCAUAUUUGCCAAAAUAUUUCUAUGAUACUACCAAAUAAUUUUUGUUUGGAUGCAUUUGUUUUCCUUUUUUAUUAAGAAGAUUUAUUAAAAAGAUCGGUGGUGGGCUGCCACUAGCAGAUUCAUCAAUUCAUCAGGCAAACACACAAAAGAAAGCCAGCCACAGAAGACGGAGCCGAGGAGGAGGGAUGAGCAACUGAAUUAGGACGAAAGCAACGGAACCGAACGGGGGGAGACGACGACGACGCCGUAGCCGGCAGCAGCGCCAGCACAGCAGCUGGAGGAGAAGAAACGAGGAGGGAGGGAUCUACGUGAGUUGGAGGAGAGGGGACAGGACGAGCCAUGGAGGCGGCGAUGGAUCUGAUGCGGCGGAUGCCGCCGGCCAGCGCCGAGACGGCGCUCAACGCGCUGCUCUCCCUCCUCCCCGAUCACUCGCUCGACCUCCUCUCCCAGGUCGACCUCCCGCUCCAGGUUUGCAUGGAUAAGGAGACUUUGAAGGAAUACAUUCUAUGCGAGUAUAACCGUGAUGCUGACUCCUACCGAUCACCUUGGUCGAACAAAUAUGACCCUCCUUUGGAAGAUGGUACGGUUCCCUCUGAAGAGAUGAGGAAUCUUGAGAUUGAGGCAAAUGAAGUUUUCUCUGUCUAUCGUGACCAGUACUAUGAAGGUGGGAUUUCAUCUGUGUACGUUUGGGAGGAUGAAGAUAAUGGUGGUUUUAUUGCAUGCUUCUUAAUUAAGAAAGAUGGAAAAGGAACACGAGGGUACAUGCAGAUUGGUUCAUGGGAUGCCAUUCAUGUUAUUCAGGUUGGUCCUGAAGAAGAAGGAGCAGCACAUUACUGCUUGAACAGCACUGUGAUGCUGUCAUUGACAACUGACAACAAGCAGUCUGGAACCUUCAACUUGUCUGGAUCGAUUAGACGGCAGAUGAGCAUGACUCUCGCUGUAGCAGAUGGGCACCUCGUUAAUAUGGGGAAAAUGAUAGAAGAAAUGGAGGGGAAGCUGAGAAAUUCACUGGACCAGGUCUAUUUCGGGAAGACGAGAGAAAUGGUUUGCACUCUUCGGCCGCCACCAGAAGUGCUUAAUAUGAGACUACCCGAUAGCGGAACCAGUGAAUAGUACUGUCAAUUUAACAAAGAAAUAUGUCAUGUCUUCACUAUUAUUUCGUUAGGCAUGGUCUGUUUGUGCUUUUCCGUAUUUGUUUCUACUUAAUAGUUAUUAUAGUCUGUGUAUCAGAACUGGCACCUUGUUUUCAUAGGAGCCUCUUGCCCUCCAAUUUCUUGUAAAUUAAUGAGAUUAGCCAAUCAUGUCAGCUCUACCUGCAAAGUUUCGCCAGAAGUGUUGUAUUUGCCUUCUACUAUGGAUGGGGAAGAACUGUGUUACCUAUUGUGAA